CCUCAGGCGCGGCGCCCGCGGCCACACUGGUGGCGCUGAGCGCUUGAAGCGACCUCUGAUAGACCGCUCGUACCAGCGCUUAAAGGGUAGCGACCGAUUCGUGCGGCAGUGGUUGCUCCCGGCACAAUGCCGGCACCGGCACGCCACCACCGAUGCGCCGUCGUCGCACUGAUGGCCGCGGUAGCACAUGCCUACCCCGAGUACGUCAACUGCGGCGAAGAGCUUAGAAUUGGCCAGCGCUGGAUGGGCAAGGACUCAGAGGCGUCGACACUCACCAUCGCACUGACGGACGCCGCAACAAAUGCGCCCAUAGCCUGCGGUUCUACCGUAGCCUCAGGCACGCGCGUGCGAGCGACCAUUGCCAACUUAGACGGCGGCGAGCAGUACGUCGUCGAGGCGACAGGAGGCGUCUCGUACGGCAACUACUGCUCCGAGAAUACGCGCGCGAAUGACCAACCGCUGGAGUUCGACGUGCUCGAUACCGUUUCGGUGAUUGGAGCCCACGCGCCGACGUAUGGCACGGUCUACGUCACAGAUGCUUGCAGUGUCACGGGCGUGGGACCCGCGCCGACGCCGCGGCCGUCGAUCACGAAACGACCCACGGUGCAGCCGACGCCGUACUGUUCAUCUGAAAGAGAUUUUGACUUCGCCUACGCCUUGGACGGUGGUCUUACAUUGCAUUGGACCCUGGAAGAAGAUCGCGUGCGGGCCGCUUUGGUAACCGAGGGGGGCUGGGCCGCUAUCGGAUGGGGCUCCGACGGUUUAAUGAAUGGGGCCGAGUGCGUCAUUGGUGAGCCCAAUCAAUUACCCCAGAAGUAUGUUCUGAGAGGCUAUAAACGCGAGGACGUCGAGACGGUAUCAAGCCAGACGCUCGAAGACGCUUCUACAGACGUAGAGGAGGACGGCACCGUCGUCUACGCCUUCACGAAAUUACUACAAGAGCCCGGCGAGAAGGCCGUGACGUCGCCGUUCGUCUGGGCCCACGGCUCCGGCUCAUUGGGAUACCACGGUAGCAGAGCGGGCGCUCUGGAGCUAAACCUCGAGACCUGCGAGGCCUCCUCCAUAAAAACGGAGACCGUCUCCGCUUCGCUGAUAAAGAUCCACGGCGGCCUCUUCCUCGUCGCGUUUUCUGUAGCGAUGCCGGCGGCGCUCGUGGCGGCGCGCGGGCGGUCGUGGCUCGGGCCCGUCUGGAUCAAGCUCCACAUGUAUUUGUUGCUGCUCUGCGUCCUCCUAGCUUUGAUUGGCUUCAUUGUGGUCUUCACUGCAUUGGAGGACGCGGACAGGGACCAUUUUCGCGGAAGGCAUCAAAGAAUAGGGCUCUCCACAUUAUGUUUUCUGCUGGCGAAUGUGGUGAUGGGAUUACUGAGACCGGGCAAGGAGGGCAGGUACCGCAAGCAUUUUAAUAUUGUGCAUGCGUUCCUGGGCGUCGGGGUCUUUGUGCUCUCCGUGUUUGCUACGAGAUCGGGGGCCACAAAGGCCGAGAAUCUCCAGUAUUUUCGUGAGAAGCCCUGGGUCGUGGCGCAGGCGGCGCUGCUGGGCGGGUUCGGGGCGCUGUGGUUGUUGGCGUGGGCGCGGGCGGCGCGGCCUCCCCUUGAAAAGGAGGUGGCCGAGAAGGAGGAGUCGAAGCGCGAGGCGGCCGAGGAGUGA